GCAGACGCUCAGGUACAAACGACGGGAACCAGGAAAUGGCCGCUGAAUAGUGUGUUUUCGUUUCUUGUAUAAAUUCAUGUCAAGUAAUCGGCCAUGAGUUAGUCCUGUUAGAGAUUAUCAUUGGAAAUUGAAAGCCGUGCUUCUUAAGACAAAGCGUCACGAUGAAGGAGGUUGACCUAGAUAAGGCAACUAUAGACACCUACCAUGCCUGGGUUCAACGGGGCAUCAGGAAUGACCUGAACGCCGUAAGUAUCUUCUUUUUUUUUUAAAUCAACAAAGAAUAGAAAUAAUAUUGGCCAGAAAUAUUUCUAAAAUGUUUGUUGCAAAGGCAGGAGACAAAACAUUUAGUCGUGAAUGUUGAGUAUUUAUGUACCUGAGUAUUAGUAUGGUUAGCCGUCAACGAGGUUAUAAUUGUACAGGGAAUUAGUCACUUUACUACAGACUACUGACUUAAAUUUAGUUUUAAUUGAUAUUUGAAAUUUACAUGCUACUGUUCUAACUAAAACUACUGUCUAGUGUAUACUAUUAAAUUAUGCCUGCAGGCUAUUUGACAUUUUUCAAAUUUAGUUUUUAUUAUUAUUCCCAACGUUCUUGACUUUAUAACUUUUUCUUUGUUGUUUCUGUGGAAGAUUUAAUUAUUUUUAUUAUAUGUCUAUUACUGUUAAUUUAAAAUUCUCUAUGAUUCAUGAUGUUGUCAUGUUUCACGACAUUUGACAUAUUCUGACAUAGUUUAAGUGCGAGGAAGGUGUGGCUGUCACUGUAACAUUCUUAAUUAAGUUAAUACAAAUAGAUUUAAAUAAAUAAAAAAUUAGCCUAAUGUAGCAAUAACAAAAUAUGUUUGAAAUCAUAAUGAAGCAAAUUAUCAACCAAAAGUAUAAAGUAUUGACUAAUGUAAGAAAGUCUGAAUAUUUCAUCUUUUUUAAGUGUUUAGUCAUUUUCCAUUGAGGUAUCAGGUAUCUAAAUCUGUGACAAAAAAUUGUUUGCUUGAUCAUGCAUGUAUUUUGCUAAAAUGUUUUUACACCUUUUGAAUUUGAAUGAUUUUAGUUAAUCAUUAAAACAAUAUUUUUUUACAAUGUGAGUGUGAUGAUGUUUGCAGGUGUAUCUUGGCCCAGGUCAAUAUCCAUUUAGGGCUGGCCUUUUCCUCCUGUUCUGUGCUUUUGUCAGCUUCUUUGUGGGGUUGCUGCUCGUGGUACUCCGCAUGCGACAUGUUUACCUGUGGGCCUGGGACUCGCAGUUCUUGGGACCUUUCUUCUUCAUUUUGUUUCUUUUGUGUAUGGCUGGAGCCUCCUACAUGUUCAUCCUGGCCAAACGACGAAGCAACAAGUACAGGUCACAGUUGUAUGUAAGUGCUGACCUAGUUUUAUUCGUUUUUGUUACAAGGACUAAUGUAAAUAAUUUUAAGAUAAAUUUAUUACUAAUUAGGCCCUACCCUUUUUAUUAUAAACGCUUUUUAAAAUUGGUUCUCCUGUAAUCAAAAUUUAGUUGCCGGUACUUUGCAUUUAUCUUUGCUCAAACAGCAAGUUUUACCUUUUUUUUAAGUUUGACCUAAACAUUAUUCCUUGUGUCCAACCCAUUUCAGUUCAGACCUAUUGGUGACUGGGGAGUAUCAUGCAUACACAAAAGUGAGCUAGCUUUGGAACUUGAAUAUAAGUAAGUUUUAGUCAACUUUUUAAUGAGCUAUGGAUUUGACAUUUAUUUGUAGUUGGUUUCAAAUAGAAAAUCAUUAUAAGUAUGAAGUAUAUUUGUUACAUUGAAAACAAAAACUUUAUAAAUUUAAAUGCUAUUUAUUGAUAAUUUAUUGUAUUUAAUCUACAGGGCUGAUCUUAAAUCAGGGACAACACCACACAAAAAUGUCAAACCCCGUUCUGAAGCAUACUCGCAGGUAUGACUUAAUCUUAAAUCUUGUGUUGGGAGGUGGGAUCUUUAACUCAGUCUGAUGAUUGCUUCAUGUGGCAGUCAUGGUUACAGGUGUUAAAUUACCAAUGAUCAUGAAGAGAAGUGAUGGUAGCACUAAAGUUCAAGCCCCCUUUCCUUCUCAAUAUUUCAAAUUGAUGUCAAUUGUACUGUAACAAUUGGCUUGUUUUCUCAAGCUUAGCUUCAGUUUGAAUAGGCCUUUAUCAUUUGUUCCAUAAUUUGUGUGUAUAAAUUGAGGGGUUUGUUUGAUUUAAAACAGUCCAGCAAAGAUAUUCGCAAGUCUCGACCAAGAGAUGGCAGGGAUAACCAUGCUUAUGACAAGAGCCCCCUGGAUGCCAACAAACCUUUUCGACCUAAUGAUCGCAGGCAUGGUCCCCCUCCCGAGGGGAGAAGAGGACCACCACCUGAAGGACGUAGGGGUCCACCUCCAGAAGGAAGAAGAGGACCACCGCCAGAAGGAAGAAGAGGCCCACCGCCAGAAGGAAGAAGAGGUCCACCUCCAGAUGGCAGAAGAGGACCGCCCCCUCAGAAUGGGGAAAGGUCUCGGGGACCACCACCUGAAUAUGAGGAGAGAAGAAUGCCAGAUGACAGGCAAGUGCUUCUGAUCUUGUAUUAACCUAAAUGUGGUCUUGUACCAUUCAUGUUGAUCAUUGUGUUAUAAAACUUGAUUUUUUUUUUUUUUCCCUUAUGUCUACGUUUUUACUUUAUAUUUGCAGACCUCAAGAUAGACUUCGACCACCAACCAAUGGCCAGAGAGGACCUCCACCACCCGGUGGGGCUGCUAGAAUCCCCAUUGAUAGAGGGCAAAGACCAAGAGGGGUGCCAAGAUUUGAUGAUGUGGAGAAAAUACCGGAUGAUGAGUAAGUGUUGUUUUUUUAAUUGUGGGGUUAGGCUGUUUUUUUUUAAAAAAAAAUAAAGGAAAUAAUUUCUCUGUUUUGUCAAAUUAUAUUUUCUUUUUUUAAUUUCUAGAGAAUGGUUUGUCCAAACUUCCUUUUAUUCAAAUGACCCACCCCCACGAGUUAUUUGACUCAGUAUUCCACCCCGUCCAAUAAUAAAAGUGAAUUUGUUUUGGAGCGAGGGUAAAAAAAAUUUAAAUUAUGUUACAGAGAAAUUGUAGAGUUUAGAAGUCAUGAAAUGUGACUCAUUACCUAAUUAUUUAGUAUAAGUAUAAUGUUGUGUUAACUCUCAAGGUACGUUGAAUUGACUUAUCGGACACCGGUGGCUGAUGGAUUCAAACUUGAUUUUUUUCUAACCUUUUUAUAAACCGAAGUUAUUUUUAUCUUUUAUCUUUAAUUUAAUGGACAAAUUAAUUAAAAAAUACUAUUUUAAGUUUGUAUUAAAAUUUUUAAUUUGAAAAAAUUUGCUCCGAUCCGCGUGUUAUUUUUCGACGCUACGCGAUUCCCGUCCGCCAUCUUUACAAUCAUUUCAACUUUUCACGAGACGAGUCGAUGGCAAUAUUUUAAAAUUAUGGCUGAAUAUUCGUCAUCUGAUGAAGAAAUUAGUUAUAUUUCAAGUGAAGAUGAAACUUCUGUUGGAGAGGAGGAAGAAAACGACAGUGAUAUUGAGAAUGUCUUGCCUUUUACCGGUGGACAAGUUCACUAUCGAAGGUAAUAGUUUUUUCUUUGUUACAGUUUUCUUCCACUCGUCUGACAGAUCACAGUUUAAAUUGAUUUUACUGCAGUUACGUUUGCAUACGGUAGCAAUGCCAUAUAUAGAAUUAUAGAACAUUCAUUUUAGUAAUAUAUCCUUUUUUCUUUUUCUUUUUUAUAAAGAAUUUAUUUUAUUAUAAUUUUUUUCCCAAAUCCAUAACAAAUGACAUUUCUCUUUGUUUACAUUGGUUACGCUACAAAGUGAAAUCAGUAUUUCGAUUGGUAUUAUAACAUGCUUCAUGAUAAGGUUAUAAUUUUCCGGACAUUAGUUGUAACAUUGAACAUUGUUGUGUAUUUAAUUGUGUUUAAUUAUAUAAACACUUCUUUUCAAUUCUAUAUCUAAAGUUUAUACAUCUAUUUUUAUUUCACAGUUAUGAUGAUUUUGACCCUGGACCCCCCAAGCCCAUUCCUGCAUUCAAGCCUGAACGACCACCUGGUGCCCAUUUCCCCGAAUCAACAACCAGAGAUGAGAGGAAGAAAUAUCUUACUCCUCUUUCAAUUUUCAAAUUAUUCUUUACAGAAGCAUUACUGGAGACACUCUGCAAAUAUACCAAUGACAAUGCAACUGCCAUGGGACCCACUAAACCCUCAAUGUUCAAAAACUGGAUAGAUAUAAACAAUCAAGAGCUAUUAACAUUCAUGGGCCUUCUCAUGUACAUGGGACUUGUGCAAGCACCAAAUGUCAAAUGUUAUUGGAGCAAGAAAUCAUUAUUCAAUGGAUUAUGGGCUAGACAAUUUAUGACAAGGUUUAGAUUUCAACAAAUAUUAUGUUUUCUAAAAGUUUCGAACCGGAAUACUGAGGUAACCAAUGAUAAACUUUGUAAAGUUAGAUUUUUGUUUGACUUCAUUAGAAGGAAGUGCAUGAAACUGUAUCAACCAGGGCCUAAUAUUUCAAUUGAUGAAAGAAUGGUGAGAAAUAAGGGAAGAUACUCAUUUCGCCAAUAUAUUAGAGAUAAACCAACUAAGUGGGGAAUGAAAUUAUGGGUUCUCGCAGAUUCAAUUUCGGGGUAUACUUAUGAUUUUGACAUUUAUUUAGGUAAAACUGGCAAUGUUCCUACUUUAUGUUUAGCUUAUGGGGUUGUUAUGAAAUUAGUAUCUUCCCUUAUCAACCAGGGUUAUUCUUUAUAUUUUGACAAUUUUUAUUCAAGUUUUGCUUUGCUGACUGACCUUUUAAAGAAAGGUAUAUCAGCAUGUGGGACUAUAAUUUCAAGUAGGAAAGGCUUUCCACCUGAAUUAAAAAAUAUAAAACAAUGGGAAAAGACCAGCAAGAGAGGGGAUAUGAGGUGGGUUAGGAAAGAAGAAGUGCUAGCAAUGCAGUGGAAGGACAAUAAAACUGUAUCGUUAGUUUCUACUAUUCAUAAGGCUAAUGAAUUUAAUAAUGUAUUUAGGAGAAAUAAAAAUAAAGGAGUUUUUGAAAAGUUAGAAGUUAGGCAACCUGUAUUAGUAAGGGAUUAUAAUAUUAGUAUGGGAGGGGUAGAUAAGAGUGAUCAGCUUUUAAAUAAAUAUAAUAUGCUCAGGAAGACAAAUAAGUGGUGGAAAACUUUAUUUUUUCAUUUCAUUGAUAUUGCUAGGGUUAAUAGUUAUAUAUUAUUUCAAGAUUGGAGAAUGCAAAAUCCUGAUCUUGAAAUUUUAAAAAGGCCACCAUCAUUUAGUCAACUGGAUUUUACAGUUGAACUAAUAAGACAGUUGGCAAACAUAGAUGAUUUUGCUCCAGUGGUCAGUGCAAUAAAACCUAAGAUUGAAAUGACAUGUCAUACCAUAUUGCCAACUAUGGUUCCAUCAAAUAAAAGAAAAAUUUGUAAAUAUUGUUAUGCACUUUAUAAACUACAGAGAAGAACAAGGGUAUAUUGCAAUGGUUGUGGUACUUUUUUGUGCUUUCAAGAGGACAGAAAUUGUCUUCUUUUAUAUCACAAAAAAUAAUUUAAAAUGUUUUGUUCAAAUCAUAAAUAUAUAUUUUUUUUAAAAUAUUUUAUUAUUAAUAGUAUCAUUAUUCAGAUUUGUAUAUCAAACAACUAUGGUUUUAGUUAUAAGAACACUCCCAAGUUAAAAUUAGAAAUUCUCUUAAAAAUGUAAAAAAAAAAAAAAAUUCUUUCAUUUUCAUGAUUUCAUUAUACAUUUUUAAAAAUCGUCUCAUUAUUUUAAAUUUGAGUGAAAUUCUUUGAAAUUGCAAUAUGUUUUGUACAAAUGGUAAUUGUUUAUAAAAAAAAAAAAAAAUUCUUUCAUUUUCAUGAUUUCAUUAUACAUUUUUAAAAAUCGUCUCAUUAUUUUAAAUUUGAGUGAAAUUCUUUGAAAUUGCAAUAUGUUUUGUACAAAUGGUAAUUGUUUAUGGCCAUAAUAAAGAUUUUAAGUUUGUAAGAAACACUUUUUUUUUUCUUUCAUACUGUUUGUGUCAUAUUGUAAUUUUCAUUUAAAUUUGUGGGUAAAAAUAACUCGAUCCAAUAAAUUUUUAUCAAAAACCAUUUUAAAAAUUAUAUUAUUUUUUAUAUCAAUUUAAAGAUAAUUCAAUUGUGAAUCUAUUGGUAUAUAACAUGCCACUAUUGUUAGAGUCUUUGAUUUACAGAAGUUUAAAUUACUGAGGUCACUCAAACCGAGCACAAAAAAGGGGGAAAAACCAAGAAUAUUUAAGAGUUAAGGAAGAAAUGCUUUAAAAAUUUUAAAUAUAUAACAUAAUUAAAGUCAGUAUUUUCUGAUUCUUAUCAUUACUUUACCUCACUCCCUUGGCUUAAUCCAGUGUUAAGUGCUGAAUAAAACCUAUUCCAGUUAAAUUUCUCUUAACACUACAUUAAAUAAGUUGGCCAAAAUAAAAAAGAAUAGUUAGGCUUCAAUUAAGUGACAAGCAUGCUAAUAACAAUGAUAAGUAUAUGAUUUCCCGUCAUCCAAACUGUAUACUGUGAUUCUCAUUUGUAAUUUCAGGCUCCGUGAUGUCAAACUUAUCUUGGAAAGAUCUCGUGAUGAAUCAGAUAUCUGAAGUGACCAUCUUGGCAGCCUUGUACAGAUUUGUUCAAAGAGUGUAUGACAGAUUACGAGAAUAUUUCCAUAUCAUGUAUAUAUUUCAUUUUCAGAUCAAAGUUCAGAAAUGCAUAUUUUUAUACAAUUCAUGUUAUCUUCUUUAGUCAGUUGAUAGUUGAGUGCAGAAGUUUUAAAAAUAUGAAAAAUAUCCUCCUGUUCCUAUAUUUUGAAAUUUAAAAAAAAAAAAAAAGACUUAUUGAUAAGCCUCAUUUUGUCAUGGUCUUACCUAAGUGAAAUUAAAUUUGCCUUUAUCUAGUAUAGAUGUUUGGUGCACUUGUGAAAAUUUGAUUGUCCAAGACAUUUACUGUCCGAUUCAGGAAAUAAUAUAUCCUGUCCUAUUCUGUCAAAAUGUCUUUUUAAACAAAUUCAUCUUACAUUACAAUUUUUGUACAUAGCCAAUAACUCAUAAUUUUUCAUACAUACAGCAAGGAGAGGUUGAUGUAAAAAUAUAAUAAUGUAUCUUUUUUUCCCCCAUUCUUUUUGUACAAACAUUUUCUGAUUUUUUUCUAAGUUAAGAUUACUGUUAGGUCAUAAGGUAAAAAAAAAUGUUCAGUGAUGUUCUUCAAGCUCAUAUUUUUUUUAAUGUAUUUUACAGAAGAGGUUUUUAUAUGGCUGCUAUUUCAGAUUUUUGUCGUCCUGCCUUAUUUUCAAAUGAUUGAAUUCAGACAUUCCAACUUUUUCGCUUUUCUAUCAAACUAUGAUAUGAGAAAGUCAAUGUAAGACAUGUAAUCUAAUAAAAUGAGAUAACCUAUCGAUUUUUUAUUGUUGAAGUUUCAGUUAUUGUUUUUUGAGUAAACAUUCAUUUUUGUUGUCUGUGCUCUCCUGCAAAGUGCCAAGGGGAGGUACUUAGUAUUGAUACAGUUUGACUGACAACAACAUAACUCUGUUGUGCCCGUACCAUUAGUAC